UACGCCAGCGAACUAUUAACAUUGUCAACCAAAAAAUGUUGAUUAAAAACUUUUUUGUAAACGGUCUCUAAAAAGUUUUUAUUGCAACUGUCAUUCGUUGCUUAAUCUGUGCCGUGUUAGUUGACAGUUGGACGUUUCACUUAUUGUUAACCAAAAAUGUAAUAUAAUAUCGUUUUCCGAAAAAACUUUUAAUUAUUGUGAUUGUGUUUGUAUUAUUACGUGCAUUUCAAUGCUUAAACUUGUUAAUAUUGUUAUUUUAAAAUGUUAUAAAAACCUCUUUCCCGUGUACUCUGCUAAGAAGAUUUAAUUUUUGACAUUCGUAGCUUAAUCUUUGUUUGCGUAUUAGUAACGAACCAGAAAUGUUUUUCAUAAGGAAAUAAUUAUUCCGCAAUUGAUUUUUGUUAAACCCAACGCAAUGGUUCGGUAGUCUGGCUUUGUUAUUACAAGGAGAUAGUUGUUAAACAUCAUUAUGUCUCUCGUGAACGUUGGUACUCAUGUCGAGAUGGCUAUCCAGAAGUGUUUGAGAAGAAUGGAUGGCUACAUUAUACUAGAUGAGAUUGGCUGUCCCGACACCGCUUUCAACAUGGCGUCCAUAAAUCCCAACGGUGAUCUAAAGAGUCCGGGAGAUCCAGAGAAGAAGAUUCCAGAGACGGAUGCCGAAAAACAGCCAUUAUCAGGGAAGAAAGAAGAAAGAUGGUGGACGACACUGAUGCAAGUAGCUGUACCUUUUUUCAUCGCAGGCUGUGGUACUAUUGGCGCUGGAUUAGUUCUCGGGAGUGUAAGGAACUGGGAGGUUUUCCAAAAUGUAUCAGCGAUCUUUGUAUUAGUGCCGUCUCUCUCUGGAUUAAAAGGUAAUUUGGACAUGUGCCUCGCGUCGCGACUAUCAACGCAAGCUAACCUUGGUAACAUGGAAACGCCAAGAGAAGUAAUAUCCAUGGUCGUUGGAAACAUAUCAUUAGUACAGGUGCAGGCAAUAGUAGCUGCUACGGUUGUCUCGAUGUUCGCUAUAGUUGUCAACUCAAUCACUGACCGCGCUUUCAACGGCAGUUUUGUGUUACUUCUCAUCGCAUCAGCUGUCUUUACUGCCACAACAACGUGCUUCGUAUUAGAUUUCGUGAUGGUGUUAGUAAUCUUUGGGUCGCAAAAGUUUAAAGUGAAUCCAGACAAUGUGGCAACUCCGUUGGCUGCUUCAAUUGGCGAUAUCGUGUCUAACUCUGUACUUGCUGUCACCGCGCAGUACAUGUAUGAUCAGAUAAAAAUAUCACUAUGGCAACCGAUAGCUCUGAUGUGUGUAUACUACAGCCUGCUGCCUCUGUGGGUCUUCAUUGUUUGGAGGAACAAGUACACCAAGAAAGUGCUGAUGACUGGAUGGACCCCUGUUAUUUCUGCUCUCUUCAUUAGCGGUAUCGGUGGUAUAGUUCUGGAUCAAGCAGUCGAAAAGUACCAAGGCUACGAAGUGUUCCAACCAAUCGUGAAUGGAAUCGGAGGUAACCUGGUCUGCGUGCAAUCCUCGCGGCUGACAACGCACCUCCAUCAGACGGCCAUCCUCGGCAUCCUGCCUGAGGACACGAGGAUAGUUGAAUGGCCCUGGAAGACACUGUUCUUUGGAACUGCUGCGGCUAAAGUGGCUCGAAUGCUGCUGGUGUUGGCUCUCUGCGGCCAAGUGGUGUUCAUGAUAGUUGCUGAUUUCAUCUACCAAGGCGUCGUCAGUAUACAGUUCGCGUUUGGCUUGACAUAUCUCUUAUGUUCAAUGCUUCAGGUGAUGGUGCUUUUGUACAUGGCGUACAUGCUAAUACAUUUCAUGUGGAAGAGGAAGAAGGAUCCAGAUAAUGCAGCUAUUCCAUACUUAACCGCGCUCGGUGACCUCUUAGGGUCAGUGUUCCUAGGUCUUGCGUUCGUUAUCCUGUCUAUAUUUGGUUUACAAUACGGCAAUAAUGUACCUGGUACUUAAAUCCUCACAAAAAAUU